GCGCACGCGCAGUUAGCAGUCGCUGCUGGGCGGCUGCCGACAAGAUCGGUCUGGGGAGACGCCGGGCACCGAGUAGCGGCCAGUCGGACACCUGAGCUGCCGCUGCUGGACACAAGCCCGCAGGACAGGUUUGUAGACCGUGAGACACCAUCCUGCAGCUUGUUCCCUGGGACCGGGUGAGAAAUCGGAUCCAGGUACCCGGCAGCACCCUAUUCUGACACUAGAAGGCUCAGCUUGGUACGGCCAGACUUGGGUAACCACUACCAGAUUCCAAUAUUGGACACUUGAUCGCCCUCAGAAGAGACGCCCACUCGCUCUCUCCCUGAGCCCUGACUGGCUGGUCUCUCAUCUGUUCUGCAGCGCUAUAAGUUUUCUGACUUCUUUAAAGUGCAAUGAGAAUCAGUAUGCAUUUCCAGGGUGUUGGACUAUGCUUGGGUCUCCUGUUCAUCGCAGUCAAUGCAGAUUUUAUGGAUGAUGGUGUUGAGGUGGAAGACUUCAGUGAAAAUUCAGACGAGAGUAAUAUUAAAGAUGACUCUUCCUCAGGGACUAUUAAAUAUAAGACACCUCAACCUAUAGGAGAAGUAUAUUUCACAGAAACAUUUGAUAGUGGAAAUCUGGCUGGGUGGGUCUUAUCAAAAGCAAAGAAGGAUGAUGUGGACGCAGAGAUUUCUAUAUAUGAUGGAAGAUGGGAAAUCGAAGAGCUGAAGGAAAACCGGGUGCCUGGCGACAGAGGGCUGGUUCUGAAGUCUAAAGCCAAGCAUCAUGCGAUAUCUGCUGUCCUCGCAAAACCCUUUAUUUUUGCCGAUAAACCUUUGAUAGUUCAAUAUGAAGUAAAUUUUCAAGAAGGUAUUGAUUGUGGAGGUGCAUACAUUAAACUGCUAGCAGACACUGGUGAUUUGAUUCUGGAAAACUUUUAUGAUAAAACAUCCUAUACCAUCAUGUUUGGACCAGAUAAAUGUGGAGAAGAUUAUAAACUUCAUUUCAUCUUCAGACACAAACAUCCCAAAACUGGAGUUUUUGAAGAAAAGCAUGCCAAACCUCCAGAUGUCGAUCUGAAAGAGUUCUUUACAGACAGGAAGACUCACCUCUAUACCCUCGUGAUGAAUCCAGAUGAUACGUUUGAAAUAUUAAUCGAUCAGAAAGUUGUGAACCAAGGGACCUUGCUAGAUGAUGUGGUCCCACCUAUCAAUCCACCCAGAGAAAUUGAUGACCCCAGUGAUAAGAAGCCAGAGGAGUGGGAUGACAGAGCCAAGAUCCCUGAUCCCACUGCAGUCAAGCCAGAUGACUGGGAUGAGAAUGAACCUGCCCAAAUAGAAGACUCAAGCGCUGUUAAACCUGAUGGCUGGCUUGAUGAUGAACCAAAAUUUAUCCCCAAUCCUAAAGCUAAGAAACCUGAGGACUGGAGUGACGACAUGGACGGAGAAUGGGAGGCGCCACACAUUCCUAAUCCAGCCUGUCAAAUCGGAUGUGGAGAAUGGAAACCUCCCAUGAUAGAUAACCCAAAAUACAAAGGAAUCUGGAAACCACCGAUGAUCAAUAAUCCUAACUACCAGGGAAUCUGGAGUCCUCAGAAAAUUCCUAACCCGGAUUAUUUUGAAGACGACCACCCGUUCCUUCUGACUUCCUUCAGUGCUCUGGGCUUAGAGCUUUGGUCCAUGACUCCUGACAUCUACUUUGAUAAUUUUAUCAUCUGCUCAGAAGAGGAGGUGGCAGACCAGUGGGCUACAGACAGCUGGGAGCUGAAGAUAGCGGUGGCAAAUGCUAAUGAGCCUGGUCUAUUCAGACAGCUGACGACAGCUGCAGAGGAACGCCCCUGGCUCUGGCUCAUGUACCUGGUAAUGGUCGGGUUGCCCAUUGCAUUAGUGACUUCAUUUUGUUGGCCAAGAAAAGUAAAGAAAAAAUAUGAAGACAUGGGGCCUAAAAAAACUGAGUUAUGCAAACUGCAAAGCAAGGCCACUCUGGAGCAAGAGGCAGAGGAGGAGAAGGCCCCAGAGAAGCCAGAAGAUUUGCAAGAGGAAAAGAAGCCAAGUGAAGCUGAAGUCAUUAUCGUGGAGAAGGAAGAAGUAAUUGGUGAACCGGAAGAGAAGAAUGAGGAAGACGGAGAAACCAUAGAAGGGCAGGAGGAAGUGAGCAAGUUGAGUAAAUCUGGAUCAGAGGAUGAGAUGAAGGAUGCUGAUGAGAGCACAGGAUCUGGAGAUGCACCACUGAAGUCAUUACGCAAGAGGAGGGUACGCAAGGACUGAUGAACUGAACAUCAAGUAUCGCAGAUCCCGGAGAGAGCAAGCUGGCGUCGAGAGUUAGGGUGCCCAAAACGACAGUGACUCUGGGCAUCCGCACAAACUCUUUCUAAGUAUCUAGCAAUGUUACUCUUUCAGACACUUCUUUCUUUCUUUCUUUUGGGGGGCGGGGGGAAGUAACUUUGAAGUUAACUGGUCUUUGAAUUUAGAAUAAAAGAAAAGUGGCACAUUACAUGAGAGCCAAGAGAUUCAUCUCCUUAGAAGUUACAGUUUUAACAGUUGGAAGGAAAAUCGUUUUGGUUUUAUGGAGCAAAGAUAACGUGCUUUUUGCUCCCAUGCUAUUGGAACGCCUGCUGUUGGGCUUUCCUCUUCAGUGCCUACACAGGAAGAAGCAGGUUAGUUUUAUCCUGAGGUAUGGGUGUGCUCUGUUGUACAGGCUGAAGGUGAUGGAGUCAGUGGGUGAUACUGUCAGCACUAUAGAGUGUGUGAGCGAGCCACAUUUCCCUGGCUUGUGUGACACUGUACUUAGCUUAGAGAUUCCUUGAAGAGGUGCUGUUGGCAGACAUGUCAACUGAGUGACCGUUUAACCAUCACUCGCUCCAUCGAUGGGGAACGCUCAAGCAUAGCUUACAAGAUAGCAGGCUUGUCUAAACCAGAUAAUGUACACUUUGUUUUCAAGGUCUUGGAGCCCAUGGCUUACCUCAUUCACCAGAUUGUGUGUGCACACACUGCUCUGGAAAAUGAAAUUUAAAUAUGUUUCCCAUUUAAAUUAUACCCUCUGUAUGGAUCAUAACUGGGAAGGCCUCAUUUAUUAGUGUGGGAUUCUAAUGGCUAUAUCCAAUUCUGUAGCUAUGUCUUCUUACCAUGCUUCCCGCUGACAAGGUCACCCUCACAGCUGCACCUGAAGUGGGUGCCCAAACUAACUACCUUAUCAGCACUAUUGCUGUAUUUAAAAUGGUUUAUUGAAGAACUUUCUACACUUAAGUACCAGGUGUCAACCCUUUGAAAGGCCAUUCAAGUCCACAUGAAGACCAGGGUAUGACUUUAAUACUGAGUCUCUUUGGAACUUCUUAUGAGUUGGGGUUUAUUUUGUAGACUUGCCCACCUCACUUUCUGACUCCCUCACAUAGGUACAUUCAGAACUCACACACUGAAAACAAACCCUAGCUUUACCUCUGUAAAAGAAGCUAAGCCGAGCCAAUGACGUUGUGUGCAUCUUCCGGAGUGAUGUAAAAAGGGGAGCGAGUGGCUGCCCUGUGGCCAGCCAUGCACUAAUGUUUAUAGACUCCUGGUGAAUUUCUAACAUAGCUAACCAUAACUAGAAUCUACUUAGCAAUUAUAGGGCUUAACAUAGCUUUCAAGGGCUCCUUUUUUUUCCUUUGAACUAGCCAUUUGAAAUAAUUAUAAAUAAAAAUAUAUCUCAAAAUAAACAACUAUGCUUCAGAGAGAUAAACCCUUUCUUACCUUGAUAAAAAUCGGCUUGACCUCUGACUUGUGUGUGAACACAUUUUCUGAAGAUUGGUUAGAACUGUUUUAACUCUUGGUUGCAGAUUGACUCUGCAUGGACAUUUGAUUAAACUUCAGGCUCUUGCAGUGGUAACAUCUGAGCAACCAAGUUUUAUUUUUAUAAUUUAUUUUGUCGAUACAAGGUUUUACUCUGUAGCUCAAGCUGGCUUGGAUCUCUUGUGUAGCCCAGGCUGCACUCAUACUUGAUGCAAUCCUCCUGCAUCAGCUCCUCAGUGCUGGGAUGGCAAGCGUAAGAAACCAUGCAAAUAUCACUACAAAUUCCCGGUUAUGUUUCCCUUUGUGGAUGUGCCGACAGGUCAAUCCAAACUAAAACCCUGCAAGUAACACAUGGCAUCUAUGCAACUGACAAGAGUUUUAGUAGCCAAGUGACUUUUUUCUUUUUCCUAAUCUGACUUUAUUUUUUAUAAUUACUUGAAUUUAUCAUUUUCCCUAAUAAAAUAUAAAAUAUAUAUGUGUAUAUAUG